UUAGUUAACUAUAUAUUAAGCUUUAAGCUUAUAAGAAUAAAAUUCACUAAUUUCAGAAUUUCAAUUUUCUUUUGCAUGAACUUUAGAACGAAAAAGAUUGGAAGCUAGUUAAUAAAGGGUAGAGUACCAAAAAACCAUCAUAUUUAUUCCUUACUGCCAUGAUUAUAGGAAUCCAGCCUCUAAUAAUGGAGGAUCCGUUCUUUCAUGUAACUGCAAGAUAAUCUGUUAAUAAUAGACAGGAGGUGGUGUAAAUCCAAAUUGGAAAAGAGAUUUAAUAUUCGAAAAGAGAGUUAAUGUUAGAAGGAAUCAUGGGAGAUGCAUAAUUCAUCUGGGGUUGAUUCAUGUAAACCUUGUUCUCAAUCCCAUUCAUUAUCAUGUUGUAGUAUGAGGAGCUAUUCUCUUCCAUGUCUCGGUUUCCAUUUUCAUUGAAAGGAUAGCCAUGAAUGUUGUUCUUCAUCAUUGGUGGUAAAUAAUCAUAAUCAUUCACAUGAGGCCCUGCAGAAUAGUCUUGAAGAUCACUGAUUUUCAUGUUUUAAACCAAUAAAACCACUUUCAUGUCCUGUAAAGCCUGUCAUGCUGAUGGUAUUUUCUUCAAAUUUAUCACCAUUGAUAAUUGUGAUUCCAUUCCCAUUAAGAUGCUUGUUUUCCUCAUUUAUUGCUUUAUUCAUGAAAUUCUGCUGGAAGAAUUCAUCUGUUAUUGAUCCUUCCCAUCCAUGAUUUACUUCAGUGCCGUAUAUGGUUGGGAGAAAAUGCUGGUUUCUGGAGGCAUUGAGGAUGGUACACCAUAUUCUCGUGUGAUACAGCAUCUUUGUCUUGUGAUACAGCACCUUUGUUUUGAUCAAAUAUGGGGGACUGUUUCCAUUUACCAUCCCAAACAGCCAUUAUGCAUAUUUUUCCAAACAUAAUAAUAAUAAAAAAUUUAAUUUGCAAUUGGACAAAAUUUACUUUGACAAUUUGUUGAAUUUGUUCUUUAGGCAUUUAUAACAAGCUAGUUGGAUCAGAAAACAUAUUUAUUAUAAUCAUUAUAAAGAAAAUUAAGGAGGUGUGAACAAAAACGCAAAAUAAUAAUCACUGAAAAAUGUAAACCAGUCUAAUGAGUUUGGGCGGAUCUUGGGCUUCAACCAUUUGAUCCUACUGGGCCAUAAACAUGGAAAAAUGAUGUAUGCCCAAAAUACCAAUUCAUAGCCAAUUGAAGACUCUUCGCGCUUUCUUAACCUUCUCUAAUACUUUUAAUUUAUUUUACAUAAUUUUCUAGGGUUCACUGACAUCAAGGAUCAUUAUGAGAUGUUGGUGGGAAGUUCGAACUCAGAUUAAUUUUUUUUUAUAUUAAAGAUGGAAAAUUCGAAUUCUGUUCCACAAUGGACGAGCUCAUAUUAGUGUUAGGAGUAGUUCCAAGCACAACGAUUAUAUUUGAAUAGUGGUAUAACAGACCAAUAUUCAAUUUUUUUUAAUAGAUACAACUUUUAUGAAUCAAAUUAAUUAAUGCACCAAAUAUGUUCUGUCCAAACAAUUAAAGAAAAAAUGCACCAAAAAUUGUGAUUUUAAUUGGUGACAGAAAGAAACCUAUGGUCUUUAUAUAGAAUCAUUUUAACCGAGAUCACACACAUUACUAAGUUUUCACAACUGGAAGCCUACAAAUAAAAAUCAAACAAGAAGAGAAAGUAUCAUAAUGUGUGAUUAUAACAAUUUUCCUUUAUAAAAAGAACAAUUCUUCUGCGUCAAAACAAUUAUGUUAUGGUAAUAUCUCUGUUUGGUAAGAGCGAAACUGAAUUGUCAUGCAACAUAUAACAAAAUUUAUUGUGCAUUGCAAACUAGUUUUAUUUUUUUCACGCUUGGUUUCCAGCCAGAUUCAUUGUUGCACAUUAAAUUCAUUCAUUCAUUCAACACUAUAAAUAUUAUACUAUCUUAUUUAUGUCUCACUCAUAAACUAAUCCUUUUACCUCUUAAAAGUUGCUUUCUCACCAGCUUUACCAACCUCAGAAGAGAAUAUCAUGGGAAAGGGUCAGAAGAAGAAUUGUUCAGAGCAGAAUCCAAGUAAUGAAGAGGAAAAUGCAAAUAAGAAAUCUGGUAAAGACAUUGUGUUGAAAGUAUUUAUGCACUGCGAAGGAUGCCAAAAAAAGGUUUCUAAAUGCUUGAGUGGUUUUGAUGGUGUUGAAGAAGUUGUGGUUGAUAGCGCCAAUAAUAAAGUGACUGUAAAGGGUAAAAAUGCUGAUCCAUUGAAGGUUUUGGAGAGAAUUAGGCACAAAUAUAGUAGAAAUGCUGAACUUAUAUGUCCACUACCAAAGCCUGAUGAGAAGAAGAAUGAAAACAAAGCAGAGGAAAAGAAAGAGGUCUGUGAUCCACAAGUGAAGCUGGUGGUGCUGAAGACAUACAUUCAUUGUGAAGGCUGUGCAAACGAUAUUAAGAAAGGUUUGGAGAGAAUGGCUGGGGUUUUAUCUGUAGAAGCGGAUAUGGAGAAGUCAAUUGUGAGAGUGAGAGGAGUGGUUGAUUCACAAAAGCUGGUUGAAUACAUUAAAAAGAGACUAGGGAAGCAUGCUGAGGUUUUGAAGGAACAGGGCAAUCAACAGAAAAAAGUGAAUAAGAAAUUCCAAGAAGAAGAGGGAAUUAUUUUCAAUUAUCCUCCCCAAUACUCUGCUCAACAUAUUUACCCUAAUCAAACUUUUAGUGAUGAUAACCCUUUUUCAUGUUCCAUUAUGUGAAAGCUAGCUUUUACCUUUGUAAGUAGUGAUGAAAAUGGUUGUCAAAAAUUAUGUUCUAAAAUCAAUAAGAGUUUAUGAUAUCCAUUUUUUCAAA